UUUCUGAAUGAAAUUACCAACCAGCAGUCACAUCCCGGCGGUCCCGCCUCCGCGCCUCCGCACCGCAACAUGGCCUCUACUACAGAAUCCAUGUCGCGGCUCCUCAAACUUGCCCACAAAUUCAACUGCUUCUAUCUGUCAGGAUUGCAAAAGGGCGACUGUCGACCAUUUGUAGUUGAAGGUCAGCAAGUGGGUCUGGUGCGGCCUGACGUCGCGGCCCAGUUGGCUCGAUUCCCAGAGGUCUUCCUUGUGCACUCUGAUGUCGUGGAGCUCAACCCGGCGUUUCGAGAUUACAAAGAACGCAGCGCCAAAGUCGACGCGGUCCUGCGGAGGUUCAGGACGGAUGGUGCAUUUAUCGCUCUGAAAGGAUGGCGAGAGGAGUGUUAUGAAGUGCGAGCUGCGUUUUCUAAAUGCCCCCUGCUGAAGAUGGACAGAUCAGCCACUUGCCUCUUUGGAAUCCGACAGUACGGUGUAGACAUCAAUGGCUACGUGCUGUGUCCGGAGAGGGGCAUGUGUGUGUGGCUGCAGAAGCGAGCAGCCUCCAAACAAACCUGGCCUGGAAAACUGGACAACAUGGUCGGAGGAGGUCUCUCUGUUGGCUUUGGCAUUCUGGAAACGGCUCUCAAGGAGGCAGCUGAAGAAGCUUCCAUUCCACGCAGCAUACUUGACCAAAAGCUCACCCCAGCUGGUUCUGUCUCGUUUUUCUUCGAGAGUGAAAGAGGUCUCUUCCCAAAUACUGAAUUUGUUUAUGAUCUUGAGUUACCCUUGGACUUUGUACCCAACAAUAGUGAUGGUGAAGUUGAGAGUUUUGAACUGCUUCCUGCUAAGGAGGCGCUGGACAAAAUAUUCGCACCAGAUUUUAAAACUACUAGUUGCCCUGUGGUUUUGGACUUCUUGAUCAGGCACGGUUUUGUCUCGCCAGAUUCAGAGCCAGAAUUUCCACAACUGAUAGAGUUGCUGCAUGUGCCACUGCAGAGUCUCUACAAUCGAACACAGAAGAGCAGACGUCUAGAAAAUGGUGAUAUAAGCAGUAAUUAAAUUAGUUAAAGGAGUUACUUAGUCUCAGCUCAGCCAAAUCGGACCUGAUUUGUGAUAUUAUUCUGCGUAAUGGGUUCUUUGGCUGGUCGCCUCGCUUGCUCAACGGCAAAAAAUUAACAACAGCUUUGGCCGCCAGCCACAUUCUAGUACAAACCUCCUUUAGCGAUUUUUUUAUAAUUCCCCCGUAGCACAUUUAUUAACUUUUGCAUUUUUAGACAUAUUUUACACUCUUGUAUUAUUAAAAGUGAUUUCCGCUAGA